GCCUAUCGCAUUAAAUUAUUCGUAUGCAUCCAAUGUCUCCACACAAUCUCCAAAACAUCUUCAUCCAUGUCGUUAUGAUCUUCUAAAAAAGAAUAACAACCCUCUAAAGAUACCCGGGAUAUUCACCCUCUCUUCUCCUCCCCCUUAUUCAUCUUAUCGAAUGUCCCUGGUGACCAACUUUUGUUUUUUCCUACGAAGUAGUUAUCUUCUCUAGUUAAUAUAAUCCAUCUACUUCGACCUCAACUUCGUCUACGUUUUUCUAUCAGCGCUCGUCAGGCGCAAAUACUCCCGGCCACAAUGGAUCCGGUCAACUUCGAUAUAAACGAGGCGCUCAUGCACUACAUGAGUGACCCGGCAAGUAUCGCUACUCCCGAAGCCGACAGCGCCUUAGUCGACUGCGAGUCCGAUCCCGAAUCGCUAUCCAACAUCUCGCUUCUUAACUCGGUCUUGAACCCUAUCGUCGAUGCUGUCGCCGGAAAUCCCGACGCUAUCAUGCGCAGCGCCUACUUUGACUCGCUGCAGUUCCUUCUCAAAUAUACGCAGUUCCUGCCCACUCACGCCCUAAGCAAGAUAUUCGACCUUAUUAUGAGCGGCCUAGCAGCUGAGGCUGAUACUAUCAACCACGACCUCGAAAAUCCCGACGAGCAAGAGAUAAUCGCCCACCACAAAUCUCUACUCGAAAUAUACGGCUUCCUAUUACAAUGGACAAUCGCCUGCGUCGAGACGAAAGCCGCCGAAAAGUCUUCUACAGCUCCCGUAUCGCGCGCCAGGGGCAAAGGCGCCAAGUCCAAGGCUACGAGCAAAGACAAGGACGGCAGUUGGGAUAGCGCCGCCCAGCUUCAGUCGGCAUUGGAUGUUAUGUCCAAAGUUCUUAAGUUGAAACUGGGCAAGAUAUUCCUAACAACUAGUGAGCGCGAUACAUUCAUAGGUCUUCUCACUAGGCCCGUCUAUAUGAUCUUAGAGAGCGAGCAGAGAGUCAAGAACACAGCCAUAAAAAUGCAUGCCUUCAAGGUUCUUUGCAUUGCCGUAAAACAUCACGGCCAUGGCUACGCGGCGCAAAUAUCCAUCGUCCAGAAUCUAACUUACUUCGAACACCUGUCUGAGCCGAUGGCUGAGUUUCUACACAUAUUAGCUGAACAAUACGACUACCCGCAGUUGGCUGACGAGAUCCUAAGAGAAAUCAGUAAUAAGGAAUUUAAUACCAAUGAUACAAAGGGCCCGAAGUCGGUUUCCUCGUUCAUUGUCAAGCUCUCCGAGCUUAUUCCUCGCCUAGUGAUCAAACAGAUGACGAUGCUAGCCAAGCAAUUAGAUAGCGAGUCGUAUACCCUGCGAUGCUCGCUGAUCGAGGUUUGCGGUAACAUGAUCGCACAUCUCACCACGCAGGAAGAGCGUAGCGAGAAUCACAAAUCUCAGCUUAAUGCUUUCUUCGACGUGUUGGAGGAGCGUUUCCUAGAUAUUAAUCCCUACUGCAGAUGCAGAGCUAUGCAGGUCUAUACGAGGCUCUGCGAACUUGAACAGAAGUUCCCUAAGCGUAGGCAGAAGGCCGCCGAACUUGCCUGCAGAAGUCUCGAGGACAAGAGCAGUCACGUCAGGAGAAAUGCAAUAAAACUUCUGGGGACUCUGAUCAAGACCCACCCCUUUACUGUGCUACAUGGGGCUCAACUCUCUCGCAAGGAUUGGCAGGAAAGGCUUGACAAGGUUGAUGCCGAGCUAGACGCCUUGAAGCCUCCAGCUGGUGAGCCUGGCUUAGGAGAAGACAAGGCUAACAGUACGGCAUUAGUAGAUGAGCCCACCCAGAUAGAGUCGCCUCAGAAACCUACAGACAUGACCGAUGAGGAAAAGGUGGCGGCAGUUCAGAAAGCUCAGGAAGACGCCGCCACGUCGGAGGCCAUCGAGAAGCUAACUUUGACAAAGCGAUAUUACAUUGAUGCCCUUAAGUUUAUCGAGGUUUUACACGAGGCUACCUCCACUGUUUGUCAGCUUCUUGGAUCCAAGAAUAAGUCUGAAGUUAUCGAAGCAAUGGACUACCUAGAAAUCGGAAACGCGUACAACAUCGAAGACAACAUGGUCGGAAUUCGACGGAUGAUGCGCCUUAUCUGGACGAAAGGCAACAGUGACGAGGGUAAGGGUGUGCAGUCGCAUCUCAUCGACUGCUACAGACGACUAUUUUUCGAAGCACCGGACAGCUUUAGUCCGAACGAUGCUGCUAUCUAUAUUGCGAGGAAUAUGAUCAGCCUCACGUCAGGUACUACGCCGGCCGAAUUGACUAGUCUAGAGCAACUCCUCGCAACCAUGAUGAAGGGCGGUAUGAUCUCUGAUCGAGUAGUAACGAAAUUGUGGGAGGUAUACGGCUUUCACAAAAGAGAAAUAUCUCGAUCUCAACGAAGAGGUGCUAUUAUCAUAUUAGGCAUGCUUGCCACCGCCUCGCCGGAAAUUGUCGUCGGCGAAAUGGAGACGAUGCUACGAACUGGGCUUGGGUCGCAUGGCCGAGCCGACCUCCAAUUAGCUAAGUAUACAUGCAUUGCUCUGCAAAGGCUUAACCCUACAGGUCGACAAGCCAAGGAUUCGACAGUCAAGUUCAGCCGUCUUCCAAACGAGCAUGCCGUACUAGCAAGGCUGGCGGCAAUUACCGAGGUGCCAAGCGACAGCAAGGAGUGGUUUGGAGUUGCUGAGCAGGCCAUCAAUGCAAUCUAUACUCUCGCUAAACACCCCGAUACGCUAUGUUCCGAGAUAAUUAGACGCAGGACUAAGGUCGUAUUCGCCGCACAACAGAAAUCGUCGCCUUCUGCAUCUCGUCCGGGGUCCAGGGAUCAGGAUUUCACUGUCACUGCUGCUGUUGACCAAGGCAUGACCCAGGGCAUCACCAUGGGCCUCGACGCUCCAACUCAAACCGUCAACCGGCUAACUUCAGAACCGCCGGCCGAACCCAAACAGAAGGCAGCGAUUGCGCUAUCCCAGCUUCUUUUCAUAGUUGGCCACGUAGCCAUCAAACAAAUCGUCCAUCUUGAACUCUGCGAGCUUGAUUUCAAGCGACGGAAGCAAGAGAAGGAGAAGGACUCCGCUGCUAAACCCGCCGCCCCACGGCCAUCCGUAGGCCGAAAGGGCAAGACACCUACCCCAGCCGUGGAGGAGGCAGGCGAUGAGUUAGACCUGAUUGGUGGCACGACAGAAGAUGAUUUCACGGAGGCUAUGGCGCAUAUACGUGAGCAGGAGCUUUUGUUCGGACCGCAGUCCUUGCUGGCCAACUUCGGCCCAUUGGUAGCUGAGAUCUGUUCGCGCAGCGACAUAUAUAGAGAUAAAGGUCUGCAGGCUGCGGCAACGCUCUGCCUGGCGAAGCUUAUGUGCGUCAGUAGCGAGUAUUGCGAGGUCCACCUUCCGCUACUCAUCACCAUCAUGGAGAGGUCGCCGGACGCGACAGUGCGGUCGAACGUAGUCAUCGCGCUCGGCGACAUGGCCGUCUGCUUUAACCACCUUAUUGAUGAAAACACAGACUUCUUAUACCGACGGCUGGCCGACCGAGACCUGUCUGUCAAGCGCACAUGCUUAAUGACGCUGACGUUCUUGAUUCUUGCGGGACAGGUCAAGGUGAAGGGACAACUGGGCGAGAUGGCUAAAUGCUUAGAAGACGAAGACAAGCGGAUCGCCGAUUUGGCGCGUAUGUUCUUCACAGAGCUAAGCACUAAGGAUAACGCAGUGUAUAAUCACUUCGUAGAUAUGUUCAGUCUGUUGUCCGCGGACGGCCGGAUAGAGACGGACCCAUUCCGACGGAUUGUUAAGUUCUUGUUAGGAUUUGUCGAGAAGGACAAACACGCAAAACAGCUUGCAGAGAAACUGGCGGCUCGUCUUCCGCGCUGCGAAACGGAACGCCAGUGGAGCGAUGUUGCGUUUGCACUAGGAUUACUUCAACAUAAAAAUGAGGACAUCACGAAGGUGGUAAGCGAAGGUUUCAAGGUGGUACACACUGCUGCUUAGACUAAUGACAGUGUCCAUGAUGACGUAUACGCUCGGGUAAUGAAUAACUAGCUGUAUCUAAGACAGACACGUAUGAAUGGAUUGAUGACGAUGGAAGGAGUCUGGCGUUUGGCUGUCAAGAGGCAAUAAUCCUCGUGAUAGGAAAAGUGCACUUAUUGGAAUGAAAUUCAUGAUAGAAUUACAGCGAUGCCUCCCCUGAUAACAAAGCCGUCUGGAUAGUCCUAUCCUCGUACGGGGCUGUGCGUAAAAUCGACAGCCUAGAUAUCUUCGCAGUUCUCUUACAUAUUGCUACCUACCUACCUAUAUAGAGCUAAUAUACAUGUAUAUAUGCUCUAGCAAA